AUGGGUUCCACAAACACUACCGCGCCCACGGGCGGCGGCGCCGAGGGCAACAACAACAACCUUGACGUCUUCAAGAACGACAUCCUCAUGCUGCACGUGCCUCUUCCCCCGGACCAAGCCUGGAUCGACAGACUCGAGAACAAGUACCCCGGCUUCAAGGUCCGGUGGGUACACCGCUCAUGGCAAGACUACGGCAAGGACGACGAGAGCACGGCGGCCGAGGAGUAUGAGGGCGUCACCAUGUUAUGCUCCUUUUACCCGCACAAGGCCGAGUUGUUGCCCAAGUUGAAAUGGGUACAGCUCACGAGCGCCGGUGCCGAUCCGUGGCUGCAGCAUCCGCUGUACUUGAACAAGGAGAUAGUGUUUUGUACUGCCAACGGGUGUCAUCCCCCCCAAAUAGCCGAAUGGGUAAUCGGCACCUACCUCAUGCUCUCUCACCACUUCCUCCCCUACCACGACGCCGCCACUCAGCACGGCCAAUCCCAAGUCCUGCGGCACCUCACCACCGUCGACUCGCCCGGCAUGCGCAUGGGUAUUCUAGGCUACGGCGCCAUCGGCCGCCAAGUCGCGCGCGUCGCCCAAGCCUUAGGCAUGGAAAUCUACGCCUACACGCGGCGACCCAAACCCACUCCCGAGUCCCGCAAGGACGAUUCUUACCACGUCCCCGGCACUGGUGAUCCAGACGGUAUCAUCCCAUCGAAAUGGUUCUCCGGUUCUUCACGCGAGGACAUCGACCACUUUUUAGCUCAAGACCUCGACAUCCUGGUCGUUUCGCUUCCGCUUACGGCGUCGACCAAGCAGAUUAUCGGAAGGAAACAGUUCGAUAUCCUGGCGAAGAAGAAGACGUUCUUGUCGAACAUUGCGAGGGGCGGACAUGUGGAUACCGAGGCGCUGGUGGAGGCGUUGAAGGAGGAUAAGAUUAGAGGCGCGGCGUUGGAUGUUACGGACCCCGAGCCACUGCCUCAGGGACAUGAAUUGCUCAAAAUGCCGGAUAAGUGCUUUGUUACGCCGCAUGUGAGUUGGCAGACGCCGUUUUACUUUGAAAGAGUAAAAGCGAUUCUGGAGGAGAAUUUGGAGAGGUGGAGGGUGAAUGGGGGGCCGAGGGGGUUGGUGAAUUUGAUGGAUCGGGAGAGUGGGUAUUAGGGGGGUGUUUUGG